AUGAGAUUUACCACCACCUUAUUCGCCUGCUUGGCGGGUGCCAUGCUCACUGGUGCUAUGCCGGUUGACAAGGCCGCACGUGAAGUUGCCGACAGCGAUGAUAAGGUUGCUUAUACUUGGGCUCUUCCCGAGUCUCGCAAGCGUGAGGAUAGCGACGACAAGGUCGCUUACACCUGGGCUUUGCCUGAAUCGCGCAAACGCGAGGACAGUGAUGACAAGGUUGCCUACACUUGGGCUUUGCCUGAAUCGCGUAAACGCGAAGAUAGUGACGACAAGGUUGCCUAUACCUGGGCUCUACCCGAGUCCCGCAAGCGCGAGGAUAGUGACGACAAGGUUGCUUAUACCUGGGCAAUUCCCGAGGAGAAAUAG